AUGGUUGUCUACUCUUUUUACAUAUUUGAUCGGCACGCCGAAUGCAUCUAUAAGAAACGCUGGCUGCCUUCCUCGAUUUCAUCGUCUGGCAAAUCCUCGAGACCGUCUUCGCAAGCAUACGUCAACGGCGGCCCUCAAGCCCGUUCUAUCCUGAGCGCAGAUGACGAUGCCAAACUCAUCUUUGGAACAAUCUUCUCUCUGCGGAAUAUGGUGCGCAAGCUAGGAGGAGAGGACGACAGCUUUCUUUCCUACCGAACUUCACAAUACAAACUUCAUUACUACGAGACUCCAACAAAUACCAAAUUUGUGAUGCUCACCGACACGAAAUCGGGAUCAAUGCGAAUCGCGUUGCAGCAAAUAUACGUCAACUGCUAUGUGGAAUAUGUGGUCAAGAACCCACUCUCCCCAGUCGAACAUCCGGGAGGCGUCGGUGUCAAUAAUGAGCUCUUCGAGGCCAGCCUGGAGCAAUUUGUGGAUCGUGUCUUGAAUGCAGCCUGA